AUGAGGGUGAUGAGGCUGGUGUCGAUAUCCGAGAAUCAAUUUGGGUUCAUGCCUGGUCGUUCCACUAUGGAAAUGAUCCAUCUUAUUCGAAGGUUGGUGGAACUAUACAGGGAUAGGAGGAGGGAUUUGCACAUGGUGUUUAUUGACCUAGAGAAAGUUUAUGAUAAGGUACCUAGGGAAGUUCUUUGGAGAUGUCUGGAGGUGAAAGGUGUUCCGGUGGUUUAUAUUAGGGUUAUUAAGGAUAUGUAUGGUGGAGCUAAGACUCAGGUGCCUCCGAAACUUAAAGGAAAGUUCUAUAGAACGGUGGUUAGGCCGGCCAUGUUUUAUGGUGCAGAGUGCUGGCCAGUGAAGAAUUCUCAUAUCCAAAAGAUGAAAGUUGCAGAGAUGAGAAUAUUGAAAUGGAUGUGCGGACACACUAAGCUAAAUAAGAUUAGGAAUGACGAUAUUCGGGUGAAGGUGGGUGUGGUUCCCAUGGAAGACAAGAUGCGGGAAGCUAGACUUAGAUGGUUCGGGCACAUGAAGAGGAGAAGCCUGGAUGCACCGGUAAGGAGGUGUGAACGACUGGCCUUGACGGGUAUGCGGAGAGGUAGAAGGCGACCUAAGAAAUAUUUGGGAGAGGUGAUCAGGCGGGACAUGGUGCGGAUGCAGAUUUCCGAGGAUAUGGUCUUUGAUAGGAAGUUGUGGAGGUCGAGCAUUAGUGUUGUAGGUUAG